ACCUUCUCUUACAUUACGUACUCAUUUUGUUCUUACAAGAAGAAUUAUAUUCUUAAACAUGAACAAACCCAAUGCCCAAAAGUUGCUAAUCUUCACUAUUAUCCUAAUGUUAUUGCAUCCAAAGUCGACCAACUGCCUUUGGAUGCCACGUCGCCCACAAGUCCCAUCCGUUUACCGGCCCAAUCCGCUUCAAGAUCCGUCUACUCCACUAUGUAACAAUCAAUUUACGUUGGCAAACCAUGCGUGUGCACCGGUACCUUACAGGUCCGUGAGGCCACCAUCACCGUCGGGCCACCACCACCACCAUGCCGCCCACCGCCACCACCGGAGACAUGGCAACAGUACGGUGACUCCGGUGGAGGAAGAAUGUUGCCGGUGGCUAAAAGAAGUGGACAAUUUAUGCGUGUGUAAUGUGCUAACGCAUUUGCCUAUAUUUCUCUCGAAACUUGCACACAAUUACACUGUCGUGGUCGAUUACGAGUGCGAAGUUACAUUCGAAUGCGGCUUGAGGUCGGCCUAGAUGAUGAAGAAUAAAAUCGAUCAAAUUUCCUAUAUUUUCAUAUAUUUGUGUUACUUGUAAUAACAUUAUAUUAAUACCUAGUAAAUUGUUGAGGUAAGAAAAACAUGUGUAUUUUAUCUUUUGGCAAUGUAAUUGAAUCCAUCACAUCACAUGCAUGAGUUUCCAUUGGAAUCAACAAAGUAUAAUCUCUAAU